AUGGGGUGUGGCGGCAGCAGGACCGAUGCUCUGGAGCCCAGGUGCCUGGACAGCCGGACCAAGGAGACAGAGUCUACCUGGCUGACCAGGACAGAUACCGACAUCCCCCUCUCUUCAAUACAGAGUAUGGAUAUCCCGUCUGAGAACUCAUCUGAAAGCUUUGUCUCUGAGAAGACCAUCACCGCUGUUGCAUAUUUCUUCGACGACGGGAUGACUACUCCUACUCGGGCCUAUCUGAAGGUCUGCUCUGCCAUGUCUGAAGCCGGCCUGGAUGUCGUGAAGCCAAAUGCAGCCCUUGAAACACUGCCCUCCCAACAGCAGGAGGCGUUGCAGCCCUCGCCUGUUACCACUGUACAACGAAGGAGCAUUCUACGCACAGAGGAAAUAACCAAAUGGCAAGACAACCGGAUGUCCACGGAGCAGGUGACCAUCACGGUGACACGGAGCAGGUGA